AUGGAAAGAAAUACAACAAUAAACAAUAAAGAAAAGGUCACGUUAGGAUACAAUGAAAUAAUGAUAACAUCAAAGUAUUUUAAUGACAUUAAAGAUUUUAUUAAUUUAGAAAUUGGAAUUAAAAGAUUUCAAGGAAAUAUGGAACGAUUUCAUUUUAAUCCAAUUCCAUUAAAUGAACAUUCAAGAAAAUUCUUUCCUAAUAUUGAAACAUUUCAUAUUUAUGAAGAAAAUGAUGAUGUGUUUAAUGAUGGAAAAAUAUUUAAAGAAGUAAUAUGGUAUAAAGUCGAUUAUUCAAGAUAUUUAAAAGAGAAAGAAACAGGAAAUAUCUGUAAAGACAUUGUAUAUGCUGAUAAAGAUAGAGAAAAAUAUGGAACUACAAUACCACCAGAAGUUAAAUCCCUUAGAAUUGGAUGUUUUGGUGGUUGUGAGGAAUUAACAUCAAUUAAUAUACCAACAACAAUUAGCGAAUUAGGAUGUGACUGUUUCAAUGGAUGUGAGGUAUUAACAGCAGUCACUGUAUCAACAUCAAUUAGUACAUUAGGAAAUGAAUGCUUUUAUGGAUGCUCAUCAUUACCAUCAAUUGAUAUUCCAACAACAAUUGUCGAAUUAGGAGAUAGGUGUUUUGAGUGGUGUCUUUCAUUAAGUAAAAUUCAUUUACCCAUGACAUUAAAAAAAUUAGGAAUUGGUUGUUUUGGAUAUUGUUCAUCACUAACAUCAAUUACUAUUGACAACAUCCAAUUUAUAAGUGAAGAAAGAAUAUUUAUUAAUGAACCUGUGUUACUUAGUAUAGAAAUUCCAAAAAAUUUAGUGAGGAUUAAUGGAAAGAAUAUUGAAAAGAGAGAUAUCAAUGAAUUUAUUAUUCCAUCAACAGUCAAUGAGUUAGGAGAUUAUUGUUUUUAUCAAUGCUCAUCAUUGACAUCAAUUGACAUUCCGUCAACUGUUAGUAAAUUAGGUGAUCAUUGUUUUUGGGGAUGUGAAUCAUUAACAUCAAUUGAUAUACCAAGUUCUGUUAUUAAAAUAGGAAAUGAUUGUUUCGAGUCUUGUUCAUCAGCAAUUAAUAUUAAUAUACCAUCGUCCAUUACUGAAUUAAGUAAAAAUUGUUUUGAGGGAUGUCGUUCAGUAACUUCAAUUACUAUUCCAACGUCCAUUAGUAAAUUAGGAAAUUGGUGUUUUAGUCGUUGUUACUCAUUAAUAUCACUUCAUCUACCAACAACAAUUACAUCAUUUGGAGAACAUUGUUUCGAUCUAUGUGAUGACAAACUGAAAGAAAAUAAACAAAUACCAAGAAGAUGUUUUGAAUAA